AGUUAUCUCCCAUCUUGAAAGGAAAACAGUAACUUCUUCAGAUUUCAGAUUUAAUAAUAGUAUAAACUGGGUACUCACCGUAGAUAUACAUGUACUUCUUGCAGAUUUAAGUGAUGGCACAUAAUGCACAACCAAGUGAAAACUGUAUACAAGAGAUAGCCAGGGUAUCAUUGGAUGAUACAUAUGAUCAAAAGAGUGCUGCACAUAAACAAAUGUUACAAAAACUUAUCCAAACUGAUGCUUUUUUCAAACAUCAGCAAAUAGGAGAACCUGAUCUGUGUGAAGUAGAAAAAUAUAAAAUUGCAGAUGAAAUUCUUGCCAAAAGUAAUACAAAAUUUCUUGAAAGAUAUUGGAAAUAUCUUGGGAUAGAAGAUGUGGUAUGUUUUGAAAACUGCUCAAGUGAAUAUGAAAUUGACUUUUACUUGAAACAAAUAAAAAAAUCUAAAACUACCAACUUUGAUAAAAAUAGAACUAAAAAUAGAAGAUUGAAGGCAAUGCAGCAAUUGAUAUCUGAAGGAGAUUAUUUUAGUGAAGAGGAAAUGAAAUAUCGAGACCCAUUCCUUUAUGAACAGCUGGUUGGACAAUAUUUGGAUGACGAUGAAAUCAAUGAUAAGGUUGACAAAACUGAUUUAAGAUUUUCUACAGUUCUGUUUAAACAUAUCGACAUACUACAUGAGCAUGAAGCCUAUAAGGACCAAAAGGAUACUGAGGAUGGUCAAAUGGAGGAAGGAGAAAGUAGUGAAGAUGAAGAAUCUGAAAUGGAAGAUGAAAUUGAAGACCAAAAAAAGUUGAUACCUGAUGAACAGAAAGCUCAAUUUAGACAAGAAUUUCUAACGAUAAUGCAGGAGAGAUUUAUGGCUGGUCAGGAUGAACAUUUUGAUUAUAGUGAAGUUGAUGAUAAUACAGAAUAUGAUGAUCUGGAUAUUCUCCAAAAAGAUGAAGAGGAAAAAUAUUUUGAUGCAGAUGCUGGUGAUGACAAUCAUGAUGAAUGUAUAGAUAUAGAUGUGGAGAAGGAUAAUAUGGAUUGCAGCAUUCAUAAUGAACAGUGUGUCAAAGACUCAGGAAAACUUCAACACUACAACAAAACUAUCAAUCAUGUCAACAGUGUUUCUUUAACUUUAGGUGACAAGUCUGAUAUUGAUAGAAUCAAAGAUCAAAGUUGUGAAAAAAGUUGAUAAAAAUAUGUAAAACAUGA